CCUGGUUUAAAAAUAUUUUAUUUUACAUAAUACGUAGUUAGUAUUAUAUUAAUUAAUAAUGAAAUUUACUAUUGUUGCACUUGUAUGUCUAUCGGCAGCUCUAGUGUCUGAGUCGUACCCUACCGGUGCUGUCUACAGCAAUGAUGUCCUGGAUGACAUCGAAAAAGACAUAAACGCCACGGUCACUGACAUCGACAAUGAACUAGCUAAACUGGCCAAGGAAGGUAGAUCAUCGGAGGGCACCCUACUUAUCCAAUACAAGGAGAAUGCUCAUAAUCAAAUAAAAAUUAUCGAGGACAAUCGCCCAUUAAUAGUACCUGGCACACUAUUAAGGGCACAGCAGCUCAAGGAGGGUGUUGCCAAUGAAAUAGCGAGGCUAGAAAACAAAUCUACCGGCCCUGUAGACCCUGCUGACGCUAUUUACAAGGAACUAGAUGCCAUUGAACAGACUAUCAAAACUGAGCUAGAUAAGUUGACUAAAGAAGGUAGGGCUACAGAGGGGGCCCAACUGGAAGAGUAUCAAAAAAAUGCCGAAACUAUUAGGAAGCAAGUAAAGGAAGUCAUAAAAGACGUACUACCGUUCCUCAAAGCGAGCGCUGAUAUAC